AUGGUUCGCUUGGUGAGGAAAUUAAAAAGUUUGAAGGGUGCUCUCCGUGUAUGGAACUGGAAGGUUUUCGGUUGGACUGGGAUUCAAAUUAAGCAGUUGGAGGAAAUGGUGCAUGCAUUGGAGGAACAAUUGCAAGUUGGUGUCUCAGAGGAUGUAAAACUAGAUCUAUUAACUUCCAAAGUUGAAUUGGCUACGUGGAAUAGUAGAGAAGAAAGUUGUUUGGCCCAACAAGCAAAGCAAACAUGGCUGAAUUCGGGAGAAGCAAACUUAAAAUUUUUCAAGUUCAUGGCUUCCAAAAGUCAUAAAGUGGUGGGGCAAAUGAAAAUUAGUGAGAAUUCAUGGCUGAAAACUUCGAAGGAAGUUCCCUUAGGGGCUGUGGCUUAUUUCCAAAAUUUAUUGGCCUUUAAUCACCAAUCACCAUUACCAGAUUUAUCUUCGCUUAUUGAUCGGGUCAUUCAGGAGGAUGACAAUGUGACUCUUCUAGAGCUUCCUUCAAUCCAAGAGGUAAAACAUGAUAUGUUUUCAAUUCUUACGGAUAGUAGUUCGAGUCCUGAUGGAUUCGGGUCGGGUUUUUAUAAAGCCUGUUGGGGUAUUGUUGGUUCAGAUGUGGUGGAUGGAGUACAUGAUUUUUUUUAG